AGCUUCACGGUUUAUUUAGAAGCAAAGCAAAGAGACAACAACGUUGGCUCAUGAAUGAAGAUAAGGAUUUAAAGCCUCGCCAUUCAUUUCCCUCCCUCCACUUUCAUCAUCUAUCUAUCAUCAAUACCCAUUUCGAGUUUCACUACAAAGACUUCAUUUUUACACUGUGUUUUUCCCCUUCAAACUUGUGACAAAGAUGAACUGAGUCUGAAAUAUAACUAAGUUUCACAAUUGAAGUAACAUGAAUCCUUUAAUACUAUGCUCUGUUGGCAAUGUUUCUAUUAUUCCUGGAGUUACCUAUUCAACGAGGAAGAAUAACUCUUUAACAAGACUCAGCUUGUCAAGGAGCUCUGUAAAACCUGGAUCAUCAACUUGGAGAUUUCUCUUGCCUUCAUUUGUUUCUGGUGGAGUGUUUCCACAGAACAAAAGGGUAUGCUCUUUUCAUAAGAAGUCUAGAACCUCUAUAUCAGCCACAGAAACAGAUGUAGCUGUGGAGGAAUCAGGUUCACCUGUCACAGAUGAAGAUUCUGGUGAAGUUCCAUCAGAUGAAGUUGGGAUAAGUCAAGAUUCAUCUCCCAAGUCUGAUGCCAACCCUGAGACAGCUAAAACUAAACGUUCAAGAUCUACAAGGAGAAGUGAAAUGCCUCCCGUAAAGAAUGAGGAUUUGAUUCCCGGGGCAACUUUUACCGGGAAAGUAAAAUCUAUCCAGCCAUUUGGUGCCUUUGUUGAUUUUGGAGCUUUCACAGAUGGGCUUGUUCAUAUUUCGAUGUUGAGUGAUAGCUAUGUUAAGGAUGUUGCAAGUGUUGUUUCUGUAGGCCAAGAAGUGAAGGUGAAACUGAUUGAAGUGAAUACUGAGACUCAGCGUAUUUCUCUCUCUAUGCGUGAAGAUGCUGACACCAGUAAGCAACGUAAAGAUACACCCACCAAUACUGAGAAAGCUGGACCUGGGAAGAGGAACACUUCAAAAUCCAGUCCAAGGAAAGAUAAUGUGAUGAAAAGCACAAAAUUUGUCCUAGGGCAGGACCUGGUUGGUACUGUGAAGAAUAUGGCUAGGAGAGGUGCUUUUAUAUCUCUUCCUGAAGGGGAGGAAGGAUUUCUUCCCAUAUCUGAGGAACCUGAUGAUGGAUUUGGGAAUGUUAUGGGCAACACUUCGCUGGAAGUUGGCCAAGAAGUCAAUGUACGAGUUUUGCGUAUCACAAGAGGACAAGUAACAUUGACUAUGAAGAAGGAAGAAGAUGUUGUACAUUCCGACACAACAUUUACCCAAGGGGUUGUUCAUGUUGCAACAAACCCUUUUGUUUUGGCUUUUCGUAAGAAUAAGGAUAUUGCUUCUUUUCUGGAUGAAAGGGAGAAAAUUGAGAGUGAAGUUCAAACAUUGUCCACUGCAGGAAUAUCAGAAGAAAUUAAGGGAACUGUCAAGCAAGGGGAAACUGUAUUGGAUGUUCCUGAUGUGCAGGGUGAACCAGAAAGCAGCAAGUUGACAGAUGAUGUUCCCUCUGCGGUAAAACAAGAUGCUGAAGAUGAUAUUUCUGAAAAUAAGGAAGAUGUGGGAGCCAGUACAUUGAACAUUUCCUCAACAACUAUUGUGGAUGAUGAAAGUAACCUAGUCAGCAAUGCUUCUAUCCCAAUGCCAGGUUCAAAUGGUGUCAUUGAGAAGGAAACAGAGGUAGCGUCUGGAAAUUUGGUUCCUGAAGAGGCUUUAUCUACUGUAAACGCAAUUACUGAGGAAGCUACUCAGACAGAUGUCACAAUAAGCAAUGAAAAAACUGUUGUGGAUGAUGAAAGUAACCUAGUCAGCAAUGCUUCUAUCCCAAUGCCAAGUUUGGAUGGUGUCAUUGAGAAGGAAACAGAGGUGGCUUCUGGAAGUUCGGUACAUGAAGAUGCUUUAUCUACUGUAAACCCAAUUACUGAGGAGGCUACUCAGACAGAUGUCACAAUAAGCAAUGAGAAAACUGACUCACCUGUUGAAAUUGCUAAUGAAAAUGUAAUAGAAAGUGGACUUGAUCAUAUUGUUGCAGAAGGAGAGAAACAAUCACAAACUUUUAAUGCAAAGGAAGAAUUUGCAGCAGCAGCACCAACCGAAAGUGAUGCAGUUGAAUUUAGCCCUGAUAAAAAUAGUGCUAUUGCAGAGUUGGAUAUUACAUCUAGUGCACCCGCAACCCAGGAAACUGCAGAUGUAAAAGGAGAAAAUGAUCAAGUUCCUGCUCCUGAAAGUUCUGCCACUGAAGUAGCAACAACCUCCAUUGAUGAUCCCAAAGAAGUAGUAGAAAAACAAACACCUGCCACAGACAAUGAAAAUUCUUAUACCUCACAGGUUGAAGAUAAAGAGGUUGCAAUUGUAUCUGAGAAAAGCAGCAGUUUAUCUGAUUCUAAUGGACAAUCUGGAAUUACUAAUUCAGGACAAAGCUCAGCAACUAUAUCACCUGCACUUGUGAAACAACUUCGGGAAGAAACAGGAGCCGGAAUGAUGGAUUGCAAAAAGGCUCUAUCAGAGACUGGUGGGGACAUUAUUAAAGCACAGGAGUACCUUAGGAAAAAAGGCUUAUCAAGUGCAGAAAAGAAAGCCAGUAGGGUAACUGCUGAAGGAAGGAUAGGUUCUUACAUCCAUGAUAGUAGGAUAGGUGUUUUGGUAGAAGUAAAUUGUGAGACAGAUUUUGUCUCCAGAGGUGAAAUUUUUAAAGAGCUUGUUGAUGACAUAGCCAUGCAAGUGGCUGCAUGCCCUCAAGUAGAGUACCUUGUUCCUGAAGAUGUUCCUGAGGAAAUCGUUAACAAAGAAAAAGAGAUAGAAAUGCAGAAAGAAGAUCUCUUGUCAAAACCGGAGCAGAUAAGAUCAAAGAUUGUUGAAGGGAGGAUAAGAAAAAGACUUGAGGACCUGACAUUGCUUGAGCAGCCCUACAUUAAGAAUGAUAAGGUAGCAGUGAAGGACUGGGUCAAGCAAACUAUUGCAACUAUUGGAGAAAAUAUUAAAGUUAAGAGGUUUGUGCGGUUCAACCUUGGAGAGGGUUUAGAGAAGAAAAGCCAGGAUUUUGCAGCAGAAGUAGCUGCACAAACUGCAGCAAAACCAGCACCUACACCAGCACAAGAGCAACCUGCUGUUGCAGAAGCCAAGGAGACUGAGCAAACGCAAUCAACAGUAACAGUCUCAGCCGCGUUGGUUAAGCAAUUAAGGGAAGAAACUGGAGCUGGGAUGAUGGACUGUAAGAAAGCUCUAGCUGAAACUGGAGGGGAUCUUGAAAAGGCCCAAGAAUACCUCAGAAAAAAGGGUCUCUCAACUGCCGACAAGAAAUCCAGCAGGCUAGCAGCUGAAGGCAGAAUUGGUUCAUACAUUCACGAUUCACGCAUCGGAGUUCUAAUUGAAGUGAACAGUGAAACUGACUUUGUGGGUAGAAGUGAAAAAUUCAAAGAAUUGGUUGAUGAUCUUGCAAUGCAGGUUGUGGCCUGCCCACAGGUGCAGUUUGUAUCCAUUGAAGAUAUUCCAGAGACUACUGUGAACAAAGAAAAGGAACUGGAGAUGCAGAGAGAGGACCUUCUUUCAAAACCAGAGAACAUCAGAGAAAAAAUUGUUGAGGGAAGGGUCUCAAAGAGGCUUGGAGAGCUUGCUCUUCUUGAACAGCCUUUUAUUAAGGAUGACAGUGUUUUAGUUAAAGACUUGGUGAAGCAAACUGUAGCUGCUAUUGGAGAGAACAUUAAAGUGCGGCGUUUUGUUCGGUUUACCCUCGGGGAGACGACUGAAAAAGAAACAACAAUACCAGCAUAACUUUAGGAUAAGUGCUAUGAAGCAAGAAUGGUAACAAGGGAAUCCAUAUACAUGUUACAAACGCAUAUGAAGGAGUAUGUGGAAGGGAGAGACUAAUG